AUGGAGGUCUACGUGGAUGACAUUAUAAUCAAAUCCAAGAAAGCCGAGGACCAUUUGAUGGAUUUAAGGAAAUUGUUUGAAAGGUUGCGAAAGUACAAUUUGAAGUUAAAUCCUGCAAAGUGCGCCUUUGGAGCACCAGCUGGUAAAUUGUUAGGUUUCAUUGUCAGCAAGAAGGGCAUAGAGAUAGACCCGCCUCCGGUCCUAGUGCCACCCAAACUGGGCCGGCCUUUGAUCAUGUACUUAUCUGUGCUCGACGGAGCAGUAGGGUGUGUUCUGGGGCAGCACGAUGACUCAGGAAGGAAAAAGCAAGCCAUCUAUUAUCUUAGCAAGAAAUUCACGCAGUAUGAGGCUAAUUAUUCAUUUAUUGAGAAAAACUGCUGUGCUUUGGCCUGGGCAGCUCAAAAAUUAAGGCACUACCUGCUAAGUCAUACUACCUAUCUCAUCUCUGGUUCCGAUCCUCUGAAAUACCUCUUGGAGAGGCCGAUGCCAACUGGACGUCUGGCCAAAUGGCAGAUGAUUCUUUCAGAAUUUGAUAUUUGUUUCACUUCGCAAAAGGCCAUCAAGGGACAAGCUAUAGCCGAUCAUUUGGCAGAAAAUCCAAAGGACGAUGAUUAUCAACCGCUCCAUACCUAUUUCCCUGAUGAAAAAGUUUUAUUUGUCGGUGCCGUAGAAGAUAUGAGCGAGCAGUGCCCUGAGUGGAUAUUGUUUUUCGAUUGUGCAGCUAAUUCUUAUGGAGUCGGAAUAGGAGCAGUCCUUGUAUCUCCGAAGGAGAGGCAUUACCCUGGAGCCGCUAAGUUGCAAUUUGCUUGCACAAACAACAUGGCCGAAUAUGAAACAUGUAUUUUUGGUCUUAAAAUGGCUUUGGAAAUGGAGGUUAAGGAGUUAAUAGCUUUCAGUGAUUCAGAUUUACUUGUGCACCAAAUGUUGAAGCAAUGGGUAACCAAAGAUUCAAAAAUCCUGCCAUACCACUACAAUUCUUUUGGCAAAAGCCCUUGGUACAAUGAUAUUAAGGAAUUCAUCAAAACCGGAUCUUACCCUCCGGACGCUAGUACAAAUGACAAGGGUUUCCUGCGCAGAAUGGCCUCGAAGUUUUUCUUAAAUGGAGAGGUAUUAUACAAAAGGACCUCAGAUUUGAACCUCUUAAGGUGCAUCGAUGAAGAUGAAGCUCAAUACAUGAUGAAGGAGGUGCAUAGCGGCGUCUGCGGAUCUCACAUGAAUGGACAUUUGUUGGCAAAGAAAAUCAUGAGAACCGGGUAUUUCUGGCUUACAAUGGAACGCGAUUGCAUAGAUUUUGUCCAGAGAUGUAUUAAAUGUCAACUGCAUGGCGACGUCAUACGCGCUCCUCCUACCGAGUUACAUAGCAUGAUUGCUCCAUGGCCCUGCUUAAUGUGA